CCGUUGAGACUGAAACGUAAAAAGGACCACCUUAUUACAAGUACAUAUAUAAAACCUAUCGAUCCUCCAUCGUUAUUUACUUACUCCGACCGUUUCCUUUCUCACAAUCCAAUGGCGCAACUUACUAAUUCCCUCAAUUAUCUCUUUUAUGUUUCCCUCUUAUUAUUUGUAUCAUUCCACUGCUUAUGUUUUCGUUUUUCUUUGGUUGCAGCUUGUUCAAACUCCACCGACGAUCAACAGAUUCAACACCGUCACCACCGGAAAUGGGUUGGUCCCUCAGGCCACAAAGUCAUCACCGUCUCAAUUAACGGCCACGCUCGCUUUCGCUCCGUCCAAGACGCUGUCGACUCCAUACCAAAGAACAAUAACAUGAGCAUCACUAUCAAGAUUGCUCCCGGAUUUUACAGAGAGAAAGUGGUAGUUCCAGCUACAAAACCGUACAUAACGUUCAAAGGAGCGGGUCGGGAUGUGACGGCUAUAGAGUGGCACGACCGUGCGUCCGACCUUGGCGCUAACGGUCAACAGUUACGUACUUAUCAAACCGCUUCCGUCACCGUCUACGCUAAUUAUUUCACCGCUAGAAACAUUAGCUUCACGAAUACUGCGCCGGCUCCAUUGCCGGGGAUGCAAGGGUGGCAAGCGGUGGCGUUUAGGAUCUCCGGUGACAAAGCUUUCUUUUUCGGCUGCGGGUUUUAUGGUGCACAAGACACUUUAUGCGACGAUGCUGGCCGUCAUUACUUCAAGGAGUGUUACAUUGAAGGCUCUAUCGACUUUAUCUUUGGUAACGGCCGCUCCAUGUAUAAAGAUUGUGAGUUGCAUUCGAUAGCGUCGAGAUUCGGGUCGAUAGCGGCGCACGGGAGGACAUGCCCGGAGGAGAAAACGGGGUUCGCGUUCGUGGGUUGUCGGGUAACAGGUACGGGUCCGUUGUACGUGGGCCGGGCCAUGGGACAAUACUCACGUAUCGUUUACGCCUACACCUACUUUGAUGCUCUCGUCGCUCACGGUGGCUGGGACGAUUGGGACCACAAAUCCAACAAAAGCAAGACGGCGUUUUUCGGAGUGUACAAUUGCUAUGGGCCGGGAGCUGCAGCAACGAGAGGCGUGUCAUGGGCUAGAGCGUUGGACUAUGAAUCGGCCCAUCCGUUUAUAGCUAAGAGCUUCGUUAAUGGUAGACAUUGGAUCGCUCCUCGAGACGCUUAACAAACUUCAAACCUUGGCUGGGUUUCUUUUCCUAAUUCCUCCUUCGCUCAUUAUUAUUUUUAUCAUUCGUUUAUUUAUUUUAUUGUUUUAUUUUUUUCCCAAUUUAUUUUUAUACAUCUA